AUGCGCAAGACGCUUCGAAGGUCUUGCGAUGCUUGCGCCAAGUCGAAGCUGUCCUGUGAUUUACGGACGCCACGGUGCUCACGAUGCGCUAAAAGAGAGUCAGCAUGCGUCUACGCCAAUCAGCCUUUGUCCGCAUCAUCAACGGAUAACAAAACAACACCCUCGCCACAAGACUCUCCCAUCAACGAAGGUGCUCCAGUAGUCAUGUUUAUCAAUCCUGGGAUCGAGUCUUUUGAUCCUUUCGACACAUAUCCUCAGACAAGACUCCCUCGAUCGCACGUGCAGCGUCUGAUCCAGCACUUUCUUUCUCACAUCACGUUUCAAUACUAUCCACUAGAUCUUGACAUUAUGUCGAACCCUUUUGUAGUUUCUUGGUGGCCACUUGCUCUUGCAGAUCCUGCUCUGUUCCAUGUAUCACUUCAGACUGCUUCGCUUGACGUCGAGCUACGAGCGCAAAAGGGUUUCACGAAUUCGGAGGUUUUGAUGGCCGACUGCGUGUCGCUAGUGAGACAAAAGCUGGACGACCCGUCAGCAGCACUGCAAGAUGCCACAAUGGACACAGUGGUCACGCUAGCUGCUAUCGAAUGUGGCAAAGGCAACAUGAACGUCAGUGCAAUGCACAUCGAUGGCGUCAAACGUCUGGUGCAUUUGAGAGGGGGUAUCAACAGCGUCAAAUGCGUAAGCCCUCUUACCGCCAGAAUGGUGGCAUGGGUUUCCAUGGUCAUCAUGCAAUCACCGCAAUUCCCUACACAAGACGAUUACGGAUGCGGCCAUGGUAUUGCUCCUAUAUCGCAGUGGUACGAAGCCACGAACAACAUACACAGCGCUGCUCCCACAACGCUCGAAAUCCCCAUCAUGGAUCCUGAGAUUACUGAUGUACUUUGCCGGUUGCACAAUCUCUUCGAUUCGAGCCAGUACCUCCUGACGAGUACCGACCUCCACGACCUGACAUUGUUUGUCGUCCACCGACUACUACUCUGGUCUCCGCGACCCCAAAUCGACGGCUUCCCAUUUGAUUUGGCAGGCUCUGGAAGCGUUCGACAUGCAUUGGUACUGUACUUGCUCAUGAUCCAAGGGCCCACGUACUUUUCUCAUGCGCACCUCCAAUACGCUACGGCCAUCAAGCUCCAAGCACAGUUGGAGCACACGUGGUACACUAUCCUUCACAGUUACAGCUCCCUUGCAGUAUGGCUCCUCUCUGUUGGGAUGGCAUCCUCUGAUGGGGCCGCGGAGGCCCAAUGGUUCACCACUCAAGCUUGCACAGCUGUUGAAGCUCUCCAUUUGCAAGCUUGGGACGAUGUGGUCAUCCGUCUUCGAGAGAUAGUCUGGCUGGACUCGCGAACAGCUGAGCCUCUGCUCCAGCGAAAGUGGGAUGAAAUCUUCGCCCUUCCACAUACGUGA